AUGAUUGCUCAUCUGUACGCGUAUACCACAGACCAUGAUCACGACAUUGAGCAGAGCCCUUUCACGGGCACCCUUGACUACGUCUUUGCAGCAAAGAACGCCCCUUGCCUCGACUAUUCCAUCGCUAGUAUUCGCCGCGAAAUAUUCACGUCUGAGUCGUACAGCGCCGACGGCAGGAGAUGCUCACCCCACGUGGCGCGAUGCAAUGAUCGACAACUCUAUCUACACGACCUCUGCACCGGUAUUUUCCGCGACACGGGCGACUACUGGCUCAGCACGGCACAGAUGAUCGAAAUCGGGCCCGGGAGCAAGGCACAACCCUUGCAUGCCGAUGCGGCCGCCUGGUGGCCGUUCCUCAGCAUGGGUGGCCGCUGGAUGCCCGAAGUAGCCGUCAACUUCCUCAUCGCCGCCACAGACACGACAAGUGCCAACGGCGCCACGGGUGUCGUGGAAGGGAGUCACAAGAUCAAUUACUCAGAGGCGCUGGCCGAUCCGACGUUCGACUUCUGGAAGUUCCCCGACGACAAGGUCAAGCAGGUCGAGCUGAAAGCUGGCGACUGUCUGCUUCUUGGCGGACGCAUUGUGCAUCGCGGAGAGGCGAACCGAACCGCCGAUGAGCGCAGAAGGCUUCUCAGCUGCACAGUCACAAGCUCUGUGCUAACACCUGAGGAGGCGCACCCGUUGAUACUUGAUAAGGACGUGGUUCGGGGGCUUCCGGAGCGGGUGAAGAAGUUUCUGGGUUUCCGAGGGCAGAGUUCUAUAUCGGGAUACAAAUUCUGGCAGGACCAUAGGACAGACCUAAGCCAGACUCUGGGGCUUUGA